AUGAGUUUGACCCCGAAGCUCGUGUCCCGAGCAGAAGGAGAGUGUGGUGUAGGGCCAGGCCCUUAGCUUUCGGUCUUCAUCUCGCUAAUAUUGUGUAAAAUGGGCACAUAAUAGAUUAAUUGUACUUAGAACAGAACAAAUCUGCGCUCAAGGUUGAAGAGUAAGUUGAACUCAACUUUCAAGACAGGUAAAGUUAGCAUUCUUAUUAAAUAUGGCGAAUCCAAAUCGUGAAAGUGUUAGUACGCGCUUCUCGGAUAAUUAUGACCUCAAAGAAGAAUUAGGGAAGGGGGCAUUUUCAAUAGUAAGACGCGCUGUUCAAAAAUCAACUGGAUACGAAUUUGCGGCCAAAAUAAUCAAUACCAAGAAACUCUCGGCCAGAGAUUUUCAAAAAUUAGAAAGAGAAGCUCGAAUUUGUCGAAAAUUACAACAUCCCAAUAUCGUUAGAUUACAUGACUCUAUUCAAGAGGAACAUUUUCACUAUCUCGUAUUUGAUUUAGUGACUGGUGGAGAAUUAUUUGAAGAUAUAGUAGCACGAGAGUUUUAUUCUGAAGCAGAUGCAUCUCACUGUAUUCAACAAAUUUUGGAAUCCGUGCAUCAUUGCCAUCAUAAUGGAGUUGUUCAUAGAGACCUCAAACCUGAAAACUUAUUACUUGCCAGCAAAGCUAAAGGAGCUGCAGUGAAAUUAGCUGAUUUCGGACUCGCUAUCGAAGUCCAGGGUGAUCAACAAGCAUGGUUUGGAUUCGCUGGUACUCCUGGAUAUCUGUCACCAGAAGUGCUUAAAAAGGAACCUUACGGCAAGCCAGUGGAUAUAUGGGCAUGUGGCGUUAUAUUAUAUAUUUUGUUAGUUGGAUACCCACCAUUUUGGGAUGAAGAUCAACAUCGAUUAUACGGACAAAUUAAAGCUGGUGCUUAUGAUUACCCAUCUCCCGAAUGGGAUACUGUAACGCCUGAAGCUAAAAGUCUAAUUAACCAAAUGUUGACGGUUAACCCGAGCAAGAGAAUAACUGCUUCUGAGGCAUUGAAGCACCCAUGGAUCUGCCAUCGUGAGCGUGUUGCAUCGGUUAUGCAUAGACAAGAAACAGUGGACUGUUUGAAGAAAUUCAAUGCUCGCCGCAAAUUGAAGGGGGCCAUUUUAACCACUAUGCUUGCUACUCGCAACUUUUCUGGCAAAUCCAUGGUCAAUAAGAAAGGAGAUGGUUCGCAAGUAAAAGAAUCAACUGAUAGUAGUACUACCUUAGAAGAUGAUGAUCUGGACAAAGACAAAAAGGGAGUUGACAGAGCGUGUACAGUCAUCUCUAAAGAACACGAUGAAGAGAGUCUCACUAAAGCGGACUCGUUUGGAAAGGCUCGCGGCGACAGUAAUGCUUCUCUGCGCCGAGCAGAAGUAAUCAAAGCAACUGAAGUUCUGAUCGAUGCCAUUAAUAAUGGAGAUUAUGAAACUUAUUCGAAAUUAUGUGAUCCCACUGUUACUGCAUUUGAUCCAGACGCACUAGGAAAUCUCAUAGAAGGCGUAGAGUUCCAUAAAUUCUUUAUUGAUAACACCCCAACGCACGUAAAAACAAAUACUACAAUUUUAAAUCCCAGAGUACACUUACUUGGAGAUGAUGUAGCUGUUAUAGCUUAUGUGUGUGUUACGCAGAGUGUGGACGGUGAAGGGCGACGGUCUACAAACCAGACUCAAGAAACACGUAUUUGGCACAAACGCUUCAACAAGUGGACUGCAGUUCACUUCCAUCGCUCCUAACUAGUCCCUUCUCUUAAAGGCUACACCAAGCCAGUGGAAUUUGGUCUCAUAAAACAAGAUUUGUGUAAUGGCGAUGUUAUUAAAAGCAUUAUAUCCUUUCAUAAAUAAGCCGAGACCAUUACAAACAAAUCCUUGGCUACCGAAAUAUAUUUAUAUCUAAUUCUGCUAAAAAUUACACGAAUUUUACUAGUAAUUCUUUGUAAUCUCAAAGAAUUAAGUUAUUUAAUUAUAGGUAAUCAAUCAAUAUAAGCAAAAAUGCUAUUUCGUUUUCUGUAAUAGUUAAAACUACCAGAAUAAACCAAAAAUAAUUUGUGGCUAAAAUGUGAUACUGAUAAAUAUCCAAAGCUUCACGCUAGAUUUAAAGAGGAUAUUAAAAGAAUGAUCUCGGCCACAAUCGAAAAUCAACGAAUAUUCAAUGCAAGCGUUGGUGAACUCUAAAUCCAAAAAAUCUCAAACAUAUUACAGAUCUGAUACAAAUGAAUCUUAAACAUUAUCAAGUAACCUAACCUAAUAUAAAAUCUCCAGACAUUUUCAAGAUUUAGAAUUAUUAGCACAUUUCUCAAUAAGUCUCUCUACAUUUUUAACUAUAAAUGUUUUGUCGUGCUUAAAAAUGGUGUUCUAUUUGUUAUUGAAUACCUAGCUAGUAAGAUUAAAAUUAAUGCAGUUAUUGGCACUAUAUACUAAACCCACUAAAAAUUGCCACUUUGUAUUUUUCAAAUAUGUUUACUCUCAUAGAAUAUGUACAAUUGAUAACUUCUUUUCAAAUUCAUGAACUAUUAAAUCUAGUAUUGAUUUAUUAUAUUAUAAUGUUUUAAGUGAAUUAUAUCAAUUUUGUCAAUUUUAGAUUUAAAUAUUGUUAACUUUACUGUGCUUUUGCUUUAAUUAAUCAGAAAUGUAUGUUGAAAAUAUAAUUAUAUUAUAAUUUGCAAAAGGUUAAAAAAUUGUAACUCAUAUAAUUUUAAACUCAAAAAAUAAAUAUAUUAUAACAAUUCUAUAGUGAACUGUGCAAGGAGUGGACUGUUUUAUCAAAGUAAUUAAUUUGAGAGGAGCUUGUAGAGUGAUAUUAUAUGUGUAAUGGGUAGUAAUGAUAAUUGUUGCACAGUUUCACUUAAGAAAUGUGCUAAUGUUAAGUCUGCAAAAAAUUCAGUAUUUUCUAGAAGUAAAUUUAGAUAUAUAAACAACAUUAACCAAUGUUUUUACAAUUUUGUAAAUCGUAGGAUAGUUAGCAAAACCUAAUUUUUAUAAAUAUACUUCAAAAAGUGUUUGGAAUUGUAAUGUAAAUUGCAUCAUAGAUAACUGAUUUGUGAUUAUAAUGAUAUUCCCACUAUUGAAAGGUAGGUACAUAGUUGUGCCAUUAUCAUUGAAAUUAGUGCCAAUAACUGUAAAUUAUAAAAUGUAUUCUAGUCUUUAUUGUUACGCAUAUUAGUAUUUAAUCAAUGUUUUAAUUAAUUUGGAAAAUUAUACAGAACUAAAUACUUACAUGUAAAUAGAUAUGAUUUGCACACCACAUGUUCAAAAGUUGGUAUCAUCUAAAAUUAUUUAUGUAGUAUUUUUAUUUUUUUAUAUUUUUCUUUUAUACUUGUUGAUUAUUAAUUUAUUUUGUUAUGGGCUCUCCCAUGAUAAUACCUAAAAUUGUCACUAUAUAUAUAUAUUUUUUUGUAUUUUAUAAGUAAGACAUUAAAUUUGUAAUUUAUUUAUUGCCAAUUUUGAUAAUUGGCAAAUAGUAUUAUUACUUUGAAUCAAGUUAUUUUUUCAUUAAAACAUCACAACUAGAUAGACUAGACUUACAUUAAGGAUAAAAGUAUUUCUUGAUACCUCGUCCAUGUCUGUUUAACUAACUGAAUGGUUAAAUUUAAAUAUUUGCUUUUAAAUAACUUUCAUAUAUUUACAUCAUAACUAUUUCAAAAAAUACAUUGUUAAGGGUUUUGUUUGUUACUAACUUAAAUUUUAAUAUUAUUAUUAAUAUAUUUAUGUAUUCAGAAAGGAGCUCUAAAAGAUAGUAUUGAAACAUAUUAUAAGAUUACACAUUAUACCACUAAUUAACAUAUUUCAGUCCAAAACAUAUGUUCUCCAAUGUAUUCUCUGUUCUGAAAAAGCUUUUACAUGUAUAAAAUAUGUUGGAAUGAUUACAAAAAAAAAAAACAUAUUUGUAUUAAAUUCAUAACAAAUAAAAUAUUUACAACACA